UCUGCGCGACGAGCAGCCGCAUGUCCCACUUCUCGGCGUUAAUCUCUUCCACGUUUUUAAGUUUUUCUGUGAAAUUUCUUCAUUUCUAACCCGCAACCAGAUGGAUAUAAACGAAGAAAACCCCGACAGUCUCUGGAUAGACGUUGUCAUCCCGGAAGAUGGUAAAACAGCCCCUUGUUGCCCGCACGGACCAACUUUACUGUUUGCGAAGACCUGCAAGGGGAAAGACGAGGGCCGGCGGUUUUAUGCGUGUUCAGCCUGCAGAGACAGAAAAGACUGCAACUUCUUCCAGUGGGAAGAUGAUAAGGUGUCUGAGGCCAGACUGCAGGCUCGGGAAGCUCAGAACCAGUCGAAGAGGCCUCGCUUCACACAGUCAGAGCUCUGCAGCAGGUUGCAGAAAUUCUCCUCCCUCCCUCCGGACAAGAAGCGGUUCUGCCAGGACUGCCAGGUUCUGCUCCUGCCGGCGGAGCACGCCGCCCACACCGCCCACAGCACGGCGGCGCUGACGCCGGCCCAGCUGAGACGGCCCAGCGUCCUGCUGACGCCGCUGGACAACAAGAAGAGCAACGCCCAGUACCUGUUCACCGACCGCAGCGCCGGCUUCCUGCUAGACACGCUGGCCGCGCUGGGGUUCACCAAGGUGCUGUGUGUGGGAACGCCCAGACUGCAGGAGCUGAUCAAGCUGCGGAACCUGGACCGGAACCACCAGCCCAUGAGGAGCCUGCUGCUGGACAUCGACUACAGGUACGCGCAGUUCUACAGCCCGGAGGAGUUCUGCCACUACAACAUGUUCAACAAUCACUUCUUUGCUGGAGAGUCCUCUGUUGCAGUGCUGGACCACUUCCUCACGGAGCAGGACGGGGAGAAGGUGGUGCUGGUGGCCGACCCGCCCUUCGGAGGCCUGGUCAAGCCUCUGGCCAACACCUUCUCUCUCAUAUCCCAGAGGUGGAGGAAGCUGCAGAGCCCCGGCGGUGACGCCGACAUGCCCACCAUGUGGAUCUUCCCGUACUUCUUCGAGCCUCGUAUCCUGGAGUGUCUGCCGUCCUUCACCAUGCUGGACUACCAGGUGGACUACGACAACCAUCCUCUGUACAAGCACGGGAAGACGGGCAGGAAGCAGUCUCCGGUCCGACUCUUCACCAACAUGGCCGCCAGAGACAUCGUCCUGCCAGGAGACGAGGGAUACAGGUUUUGCGCCGCGUGUGACAGAUACGUUUGCUCGCUGAACAAACAUUGUGCCAAGUGCGACCUCUGCCCUUCCAAGGACGGCCGUGAGUGGAAGCACUGCUCCUCGUGCAGCAGAUGUGUCAAACCAUCCUGGAGACACUGCGGGUCGUGUGGGCGCUGCGCCCUGCCGGACCACCCCUGUGGCCCCGCCGGGGCCCCCCAGGGCUGCUUCACCUGCGGCAGCCUGAAGCACAAACGCAGGGGCUGCCCGCUCAUGAAGCACCACACCAGUCCUGGGCCUAAAUCCAAACACGCUGGCAGGAACGCUUCCCCUCAUCCUCUGAAGAUGAAGAACAAGAGGAAGUCUGGGGCAGCUCGCCGGGCCAAGAGGGCGUCUGCUCCGGCGGUGUGACCUCCACGCCGGCGGUGUGACCUCCACGCCGGCGGUGUGACCUCCACGCCGGCGGUGUGACCUCCACGCCGGCGGUGUGACCUCCACGCUGCCACGGAGGCUUCUCUUUCAUUAACCGUGUUUACUGUUGUCUGAGCAAAAUAAAUCUUGAAUAUAACACGA